AUGCGUAUUACCAGAGCCAAGACAGCGGGCUCGGGUUUCACAACGAGCGAAGCCCUCACCAAUAUCAUCGGUCUUCUUUCACGCUCGAGUGCACACCAUGGUGGAGUACAUAGCUCUGUUGAGACCGGACCUGAACAGCCUGCAAUUCCCGGUGAUUUCAGAAGCAGCCCGCAUCUAACAGCUGAAUUGAUGAGCCAAGGGUGUCUGGCUGACCCUCAAUCGAAUGAGGACCCCAAUUUGGCUGUUCAUCAGAACGACACUAAAAGCGCUCUGGAAAUUUCAUGUGGCGCGUCUACCACCGUGGAUGCUGCGUGGAUCACCGACCUGGGACUUACUCCCGUCGUUCUCGAUUAUCUGCUGGACAAGUUCCGUGGUAUGGCGUCCUACUUUCCGUUUGUGCAACUCUCAGAAACCUGGACGGCUGCAUUGAUGGCUGAAAAUCGCCCCUUCCUAUUGCUCGCCGCUGUUGCUGCUGCCUCCUCAAAACACUGCCAUCUUCAAGACGCUCUAACCAGACAGUUCAAAGAAUCUCUCAGCAAGCGAGUCGUCAUGGCUGGUGAGAAAGAUAUAGAUCUACUCCAAGGAUUACUUGUUCAUCUUGCUUGGUUCCAAUUUCACUUUAUUCCCGGGAGUCAGCAAGACUACCUGUACGUACAAAUUGCAAUCAGCAUGGUUAUUGACCUUCACCUCGAUCAAGAGGCUGCCGACUUGCUUGGGCAGCGGACCAAUCUCGGUAAUAUCUAUACUCGCGAAGCAUGCCGUGCGUAUCUUGGCUGCUAUUACAUAUCUGGCAUAAUAACAAUGUCUUCGGGAAGGCCUAACAAUCUUCAAUAUCACAAGAACAUGCUCUCAUGCGCUGUGAUGCUGCAACAAAAGCCAGAAUUCGAGACAGAUCUGUUGAUUCAUCCAGUGACGAAAGUGCUACAGUUUGCCGAGGAAGUCUGUGAAACUUACAGGUCAGAAGGGCUUCACGGCCCCUGUCUAUACAUUCAUGCUGAACGAUUCACGACGCGGUUGGAAGACUGGUGGUCCUCUCUAUCGACGGAUCUUCGCAACACAGGUUAG